CGAACGCCAGCACUGGGUCAGUCCGUAUGCGUGCGCCUGUGUCAAUGUUAACACUAGUCCGCUCACCAAAGUCGUCGGUGAACCACUUCGACUAGUUGCGUGGUCAGUGGCGCAAGGAGAAAGUUGUGCUGCUGCAUAAGUUAUUCAAGUUGGUAGAAAAAGGUGUCAAGUUGGUUACGGGUACAACUCAACACUGAGUUCGUUCGUAUUGCCGUAUGCGCGCAAGUUAUACGCGAAGUGUUACGAAGUUGAUGUCAACGGCUAUUGAUGUUGCUGUAAUAGUAGGUAACUUGAAUCUGCUGGUUUCAAUGUCAAAGUCCAACCGAGCGGCCGCAACGUUAAAUUGUUCAGUUGUCCAUGUCCUUAGUUGAUUAAUUGUGCAAAUUAUGAAGUGAUUCCUGUUGUUGACUAGUGGUAGGUUUUGUGAUUUCCAUCAAACACGGUGUCAAGAGGUGCACUCUGAAUAGGUCAAUGGUUAAGAAGACGUCAUCUGCACCGAACGUCAAGUGAAUACCAUAUACGAAAAAAAAAUACGCCAUCGAAUUGUGUGUUGAUGUGUUAAAGCGACAAGGUGUUACCUUCUUCUUGUUGCCAAGAAGACACAGUGGACACGGGUCGAUUUCAAUAUUGAAUAGUGAGUUGAGCUAGAGCCUCAUGUGUUCCAGCGUCACCUCGCAUACCACUCUUGAGUGCAACGCUCUGUCUUACUGAUCCUGGAGCAGCUGCAGUGGGCAGCUGGCGGCUAGCCAACACGGCCCAGCUACAACACUUCCUGGCAGCUCUCCAGAGCAGCCAGAAGGCUUGUUCGAGUGGCGCCAUGCUCGGCGAUCUUCUUCUACGCUGCAGUUACUGCGAUCUGUCAUUCAGUGGGGGCAACUCAGUGGCGAGCCUGCGUGACCAUAUCAAGUUUGCCCAUCAGACUCUUGACAGCCUCGUCAACGGAAAAACCAUUACGUCGAACGCUAACCUUCUCGCGCAGACGCCGUGUGGACUUUCGGGGCUGACCGGUCUCGGAAGUUUAACCGGACUCGAGCCCAGUUUCCAGUGCGGGAAGUGCAACGCCACAUUCCUCAAACGUGACCAUCUGGAGAAACACGAGUUGCUACAUACAUCCGGCAGCACCCUCGGCUCCACACUGGCUGGAAGGGGAGGCUCCGCUGACGAGAACUCAGCUCUCCGUCGAUUCAAGUGCAACGAAUGUCCGAAAGCAUUCAAAUUCAAACACCACCUUAAGGAGCACCUACGCAUUCACUCGGGCGAGAAACCGUUUCUGUGCGGAAAUUGCGGCAAGCGGUUUUCGCAUUCUGGAUCGUAUUCUUCACAUAUGACAAGCAAAAAGUGUCUCGUCGUUAAUCUCAAGGUACGUAAGGUCGACUUAAAACAUCCAGCGCGGACACGCUCUCCCCGCAAUGCGGGACCUCCGUCGGCAAGCCAGUCACAACAGUUUCGCCCAAUUAUUCCUAAGUUUGGCAGUUCCGCUCAAGAGUUAUCUGGGUACCCUCUGACCGGCCACCAAAACUUUGAGCUAAGUGCUCGACCGCCAUUUCUCUCUGCCGCUAUGGCGGCUGUGGCUGGUAGCUAUCCGUUCAGCAUGCUCGGUCAGUUUAAUCCCCUUACUGCGACACUUCCACACCUUCCACUGGCUGCUGCCGGCUUUCAUGAAGUGGCCCACUUUCUGCAACAAAAUCAGGGCCAGACGUCGCCCAGUGCGUUAGUGUCAGCUCCGGGAGUAUCCAGUGAAACUAGCCCUAUCAAAGACCCGGAAUCUUCGGAAGAAUCUCCUAAGCGACUAAAAACCGAGCUGAGUUCACCUGAGCCACCAGCAACCGUUCUCAAAUGUACGAAGUGCUCCCAGAUGAUGUCCAAUCAAAUGGAGUUGUUUCAACAUGAGCGGUUCAUGUGCAAACAGGGCACUGACGUUAAUCGGAACGUUCCCAGCGAAACCGAGACUCUAAUGGAGACACGUAUUAAAGACGAACCUGAUAUUUCAUUGGUAGAAGACCUAAAACAAGAACAGACAUGCCCGGACGGCUUGUCGGAUGAAGCGUUGGAAUUCUUGCACACAAAGCACCAGGUUGAUCCAUUCCCAAAGACUACGGAGAUCGAACGUUUUGCCGAUAAGCUGAAAGUUAACAAGGCGACCAUCCAACGGUGGUUCGAUGACACGAAUAGAGAACUUGAAUCAGCUGCAGAUGAGAAACCUCUUGAAAUUAUUAAUGACGAUCGCCAGUCACAAGCAUCGCACUCACACCCUUCCUCAACACCGGCUUCACCACGACACAGCAGUAGCCCUCAUCUGGAUGUGGAAACGUCCGAUCCUGACCAGCCGUUGGACCUUUCGAUGAAAAGCGGCAAGUCCAUCUCAUCGGACGGGAGCAGAUCACCUUCGCCGUUCAAGUCCUUCGAAGCCAGUACAUUACCAAAAAAUCUGCUGGCGCUAUCCGCGCUCAAGGUGCUCGAAGGAGAUUCCGCGGACUACGCAAAGUUCCUAAAUCGCGACGCCAUCGUAGGCCUGCUGAUGGGUCGUUCCCCUCAGCUUCCUGCAGACCUUGUAAGCGGGGUGCGCUCUGCGUCGGCGUCGAGCGAUACUGAAAUGUCGAGUCGAGAAGGUGGGAGCCCGUUUCACGCGGCACUCGGUUCGAAACGGCCACUCGUUUGGACGGAUGAGGACGAUGCCAAACGCCGUCGGACCAAGGACGACGAGUCGGCGACUGGUACGAUUUACAACUGUGAUCAAUGCGACAAAGUGUUCAGCAAGCAAAGCUCAUUAGCCCGCCACAAAUACGAGCAUUCUGGCCUGCGUCCGCACCAAUGCGAAGUGUGCCCGAAGGCCUUUAAGCAUAAGCACCACCUGACGGAGCACCGGCGGCUGCAUUCGGGCGAGAAGCCCUUCCAAUGCCUCAAGUGCCUCAAACGCUUCUCGCACAGCGGAUCCUACUCACAGCAUAUGAACCAUAGAUUCACUUACUGCAAGCCAUACAGGGAGAAUGCUCAGGGACAGGGCAGUGAGCUGUCAGGGGAGGUUGCCACAAGUCCACCUGUGGCUACGUCUCCAUCUCCGGCUACACCUUCGCCCCCACCUGGUAGUCCAACGUUGCAGCUGAGCACGCCGACCGCGUCCUGCUCGUGGACGGCCACGUCGACGGCAAACUCUCCUCCAGGCUCACCAGCCCCGUCUCUAGUACAUUGACCCACCGCCUCUUCUUUCACGAUAAUCCGAUGCCCCGAAACAAGUAAAGCAGAAAAUCGCCGCAAAAGACGCAACUUCUUGACACCGCGAACAAGAACGCUUACCAUAGAUGAAUAAUUUAAAAAACCAGAGAGAGAUAGAGUUUUGAAAACGUUUUUUCUUCAAUCACCAGUGAGUAGCAAGCUGCAUUCCAUCGAAUUUCCAGCAGGUUUACAUCUCUGUGGCCACACAGCUAUAGAGAUACAACAAUCUUGCCAUGUUAAGCUGUUUGAAUCUCUGCGGGUUUGUCUAUUCGGCACCUUGGAUGAGGCCCGGGCCAGUCAGCGCGUGUCAAGGACGAAUCAAACCGUCAGCGGUCGUCACAUUCCCGUUGAAGACAGAAAUAAAAAAGAUAUCGUGUGUUAAUUCCAAUUCCACCGCUGCUGCUGCUGCUGCUGCUGCCGCCGUCGCCGUCGCAGUGUCGUGUCAUAAGCGCGAAAUUCGAAUCUUCCGUCCGCUUCUAGGCCCGAUCUUUGCGAUCCCACCUACCUCUCCCACAGCGUCUAGAACCUUAAAACUCCAGAAAACCAUGUAAAUCCAUUCUACUUUUUACUGCUGUUGCUCUUAACUAACUGCCAUCUGCAAUAGUAACAGCGAGAGAACAAUGACUCAGAAGUGUUAGUACUUUGACGAUAUAUUACUGAACAAGCCUAGCAACCGCACGUCAAGUGACUUGUAACAAGGCCAUGUCCAUACUUCCGCCUUUCCACUUCGUUUGUUGCUGCCUCUUCAACUAAAAGGCAUGCGACUCAUCGAAAAAACGAUACCGGCCAUUUUACAUUUAAACCAGAAGAACAAUAAAGGAAUAAAAGUUGCACGUUAUGUUCUUGAACCUCACCACUACCGCCGUCGCCAUCGGGCCGUGUAAUUUUCUGCCACUCCACAUGCGCUCUAACGCUGAGCCGGCGAGGUUUUCUCUGACGAGUCGAACAGAUCAGAUCGAGCUGGUUCCGAGUAAGUGUACUGUCUACUCGAAUGCGACUUCAUGCGAUACGCGAUGUGAAACAGUCAAUAAUCCCAAAUGUCAGCGUACAUCCCGAAGAAUUGUAGAGGACGUACGUCUGCCGUGUGAUGCGACCUAUCGUCAAUUUAGUUGAUCUCUGGGUCUUGAUGGCCCUCGAUAUCGAAACCGAUGAAGGAUAUGUUCGUUCUGAUCUAGGUCCUCGUGAGCUAAUAGCUAAGAAAUGGGUGUGAUUCGUGACCCAGUCGUUGCCAGCUGGAAAACAGGUCAUGUAGCAUAAGUCGGAUGCAACAAAAUAAUUCGCGUAACGCUGCAAUGAGCCCUGUAGCCAUUGGGGCACAUCAUGUGAUACUGUUACAACUAAAUCAAGAUACGCUGCUAGCACUCAAGCUAAACAGGGAAGCUGUUAACUCCAUAGCCGAUAAUGACCAACGAGAAAAAAUACAGAAUGAGCCGAGAUGGUUAUGACGACUAACCGAUAGAAAAAAAAUAUGAGCAGGACAAAGAUAAUGAAAAUCGUCUGGUGAUUUGAUAAAUAUUAUAUGUAUACAGGUAUUAAGUAGGCAAGACAGAUACAGACCACACCAUCCUGAUCGAUUCCGAUCUUUCGCUAUAACUAUUAUCAACAAUGUAAUAAGAUAUACUCCGCGCUGCGUGGCACUGUGAAAAGAGCGAUUAUUAAUGGUGACCCCUAUCGUAGCCAAAAUGCAGUCGAAGGAACCUAAGAAAAAGUUCACAUGUAUGUGCGUGCAACAAAAUAGAUGAAUGGUAAAUGCGUACGAUUUAAUGUGAUGGUUGGUGAUAUUAAGGAUGAUGGCGCUGUAACGGUAAUAAUGACGGUGAUCUUAGCCUUUGUUGUUUUUUGUGGGCACGGAAACCUCGAUUCAUUCCUAUGAAACGUCAUUGCCAGCAUUUGCCUGAGCGUUGCCCUAACCUGAGGGUGUAAGAUGGACCAAUAGAGGCAAACUGAAAUCAUAGGGUACCCUUCAUGCCUCUGUUGUUGUUUGGCCUGCAUUUUGGUAUUAAUUAAUAUUGUCGAAUAUGAUAAUGCCUUUGCAAAUUCUUACUGUAUAAAUAACAAUUGUGAACUGUGGAUGUAACUAGGUGGAUUAGGUCAUUGUCAUCAUUAUUGCUACCCUACUAGGUAAAACGAGCAUCGAAU